AUGGCAGCCAAGUGCCCACGAUGGGCCGAGAGCAGGCUGGACGCGCUCUUCGCGUACAGGUUCCCUCAGCAGCUUAUUGUGCUGCUAUAUAAGAACGUCCUGGUGGCGUGGCGCAGCCGCCGCGCCACGCUCCUGCGUUUCCUGGCGCCGUUCAUGUUCCUGCUGCUGGCGCUGGUGAUGCAGGUGGCGCUCGACGCCAGCCUGUCUGUCGAGGGGCGCUAUCGCCCCCAAACAACAGGCAUCAGGCUCGGCGUCGGCAGCAUCCCGGACUGCAACAGGGACCUGUACAUCCACAACCGCGCAUGCUUGACGAUGGUGUUCACGCCAAACACCAGCAGCGCGGUGCAGGACAUUGUAGAGCGCAUACGCAUCAAUAAUAAGCCGGAGAUCCCUGCGGAAAAGGUCCUGGGUUUCAAGGACCGCGCUGACGCGGAGCGCUACAUGGCCCUCAACCGCGACACGACCCUGGGGGCGGUGCACUUUGUGGAGCAGCCGGGCGGCCAGAUUGGCUACUUGCUGCAGGGCAGCUCGGGGAUCAAGUCUUUCAAGUCAUACGUUCAGGACCCCCAGUUCUUCUGGCAGACCCCCGUGAUGAAUGCGGUGUCGCGCGAGAUCGCGCGCCAGGCGCUGCUGGACGCCGGCCGCACCCACGAAGCCGACACGCUCGCAUGGCAGCCGGCGCUGGUGCGGUACCCGCACCCGGAGAUGACGACGCUGUCGUUCACGGGGCGCGUCAUCGCGCCCUGCAUCUUCGCAGCCUGCAUGUUUGGCGCCGUCACCCAGAUGGCCCAGCUCGUGUCUGAGAAGGACUCGGGUCUGCGGCAGGCGAUGCGCACGAUGGGGCUAAUGGAGAGCAGCUAUUGGGGCAGCUGGGUCGUGUUCGACUUGGCUUUUGGGGUGCUGCUGGCGCUGGUCAUAGUGUUUUCAGGCAUGAUCCUGCAGUUUCGCUUCUUCCUGGCCAAUGACUUUGGGCUGCUGUUUGCGCUCUUCUGGCUGUUCCUAGCCGCCAUCUCGGGGUUCACCUACUUUGUGACAGCGUUCAUCAGCAAACCCCAGACGGCUGUGUACGCAGGUUUCAUCGUCUUCCUGGUGGGCUGGACGUUCCAGGGCAUCGUCACCUAUGGCCUGCCGUACACCCCGACGUUUUACAACGAGCGGGAGCCGACCCAGCGCCUCUACCACCGCCUGUUCUACUGGCUCUUCAACCUCAUGCCCUGGAACCCGCUGGUGAAGGCGAUCAUCGACAUGGCGGCCGCCACCAACACAAAGGCGCACCCCGGGAUCCGCUGGGAGGCUCGCAGCAGCUACUGCCUCCAGAAGCCGCCUGCGGCGGGUUACGACCCGCUGACGACGUGGAAGGACACGGCCUGCAUCUUCCCGGUGGGAAGCUGCCUGGUGACGCUGGCAGUCCAGGCGGUGGUCUACACGAUCCUGGCAGUCUGGCUGGACAGCAUCAUGCCCAACGAGCUGGGGGUCACCCGGCACCCCUUCUUCUUCCUGCACCGCGCGUUUUGGAGGCCACGGCCGGCAGAACAGGGCGAGGCGCUCGCGCGGCUCGUGGCUGAGGGCGAGGCGCGGGCAGCGGCGGAGAAGAACGCGGCCAAGAAGGGGGGGCCGGCGGCGCGGCCGAGCGUGGCUGGCGGCGCUGACGAGGACGAGGACGUGGGGGAGGAGUCGGCGCGCAUCAAGAGGAGCCUGGGGCAGAAGGUCGGCGGGCUUGUGCGGAUUGAGGAAUGCAGGUGGCUGGGCAAGGCCUGCGGCGCGGCGCCUGCGCCCGCAACCGCCGGCGCAAGCAGCGGUGCGGCCCUGCACGUCAGCCGCGGCGGCGCGCGGCGGCGCAGCAGCGCGGGCGGCGGGGGCGCGCAGGCGCCAAUGCCGACGUGCCCGGCCGCGGCGACGGGGCAGCAGCAGUGGCAGGCCAGUCGGGGCCACCAGGGCAGCAGCGACCCCGACUAUGCCGUCGAGGUGUUUGGCCUGCAGAAGGUGUUCAGGCUGGGCCGGUGGGAGCGCUACGCACCUCGCUGCCUGGGCGGCAAGCCCGCGGGGCGCGACUUUUGGGCGAUCAAGGACAGCUGGUUCGGCAUCGAGCAGGGCAGCCUAUUUUGUCUGCUGGGGCCCAACGGCGCCGGCAAGACCACCACCAUCAACUGCCUCACGGGAGCCCUGCCGCCGAGCGCGGGUGAUGCGCUCAUCUACGGCGAGUCGCUCUGCGGCGAGGGCGGCCUGGACCGCGUGCGGUCGCUGAUGGGCGUGUGCCCCCAGUUUGAUGUGCUGUGGAACGAGCUCAGCGGCACCGAGCACCUCAUCAUCUACGGUCACAUCAAGGGCCUGCGCUUCAGCGAGGUGCGCCGCGAGGCUGACGCCCUGCUUGAGAAGGUCAAGCUGACGUAUGCCGCCAGGGUGCGCAGCGGCAGCUACAGCGGCGGCAUGAAGAGGCGCCUUAGCGUGGCCAUGGCGCUGCUGGGGGACCCCAAGAUUGUGUACCUGGACGAGCCCACCACGGGCAUGGACCCAAUCAGCCGGCGCUACGUGUGGGACAUCAUCCAACAGGCCAAGGCGGGCCGCGCCAUCGUGCUGACAACGCACUCCAUGGAGGAGGCCGACAUCCUGGCAGACAGGAUCGCCAUCAUGGCGCGCGGCCGCCUCAAGGCCAUCGGCAGCAGCAUACGCCUCAAGCAGAAGUACGGCGCCGGCUACACGGUCGCCGUCUCCGUGCAGCACCGCGCGGCGGGCGACAACUCGCCGGACGCGCUCGCGGCGCGCAUGGAGGGCGUGCGCGAGUACUUCCUCGCGCGGCUGGGGCUGCUGCCGUUUGACGAGGGCCGCGCGCACCUGCAGUACCUCGUGCCGCGCGAACACGAGGCGCGGCUGGGGGUUGUGCUCGUAGAGCUGGAGCAGCGGCGGGGCGCGAUGGGCGUGAGCGACGUGCAGCUGAGCCUCACCAGCCUGGAGGAGGUCUUCCUGACCAUAUCACGCCGGGCGGAGCUCGCGGCCGCGGAGGCCUUGGGCGCCUCGUCCGUGGAGGUGCCCCUGCCGGAGGGCGGCGCCCUGCACGUGGCCCUCGGCCAGGACCGCGGGGUCAACCCCGCAGACGGCCGCGCCUACGCCAUCAAGUGGGCGCAGGACGACGCCGGGCGCCUGGUCGUGCUCGACGUGCUGCCGCUCGGCGUGCAGCCGCCCGGCCUGGGGCUGCCGGGGAUGCCCGGCGACGACGCGGCUGCCGCGUGCGGCGGGCGGCUGUCGGGGCCCGGGCUGAGACGGAGAAAGCAGGGCUCGGAGGCGAAGCGCGUGCCGAGCCUGAGCCAGUUGCUCGGCGCCGGCAUCGAGAUGCUGCUUGGCGGCGGGCGCGGCAGCGGCGCGGACGGGGCGUCGGCGGACGGCAGCAGCCACAGCGGCAUUAGCAGCGGCAGCAGAACGAGCAGCGCGGCGGCUGCUGCUGCGGCGCGCGGUGGCUUUGGCGGCGCGCUGGGCGCGCGCUUGGCGGGGUCUGCCGCGCCGCGCGACAGCAGCGGCGGGGGCGGCGCCGCCGAGCUCGGGGAGCGCGGCUUCCGGCAGCUGCCGCCGCGCGGCACACAGUGGUGA